AUGUCAUUCCCAUCCGAAAUUAAGCAACUUGUUCUUAACCAAAGUGUUUCAAAAGAAGUUAAUGUUAAGUUAGGAGAACCAAACUCUACUUUCAAAUUAGAAACUGUUAAAAUUGAUCAACUGUCAAUUAAGGAUGGAUUUAUCUUGGUCAAAGUCUUGUACUUAUCUAAUGAUCCAACUCAAAGAGUUUGGAUUCAAAAAGGUCUUGAUGCUUCAAGAAUGUACGUUCCACCAGUUAAAGAAGGUGAACCAAUGCGUUCAUUAGCAGUUGGUAAAGUAAUUGAAUCAAAAUCAGAUAAAUUCUCUAAAGGCGAUUUAGUUUCUGGUGCUUUACAUUGGUCCGAUUACGCCAUUGUUCAUGAACAAGCUAUCUGGAAUAAGGUUGAUACUUCUUCUGGUCUUCCAAUUCCAACUUUCAUGAGUAGUCUUGGUAUGACUGGGUUAACUGCAUACUUUGGUUUAACCGAAGUUGGUCAAUUUAAAGAAGGUCAAACCAUAAUUGUUUCCGCUGCUAGUGGUGCCACUGGUUCCAUGGUUGUUCAAAUUGCCAAACAUCUUUUGAAAGCCGGUAAGGUCAUUGGUAUUACCGGUUCAAAAGAAAAGGGUAAAUACGUUGAAUCUUUAGGUGCUGAUUUCACCGUUGAUUAUCAUGAUGAAGACUGGAAACAACAAUUAAGUGAUUACAUUGGUAACGAUUACGUUGAUGCCUACUAUGAUAACGUUGGUGGUGACAUGUUGAGUUUUGUCUUGAAGAAAAUCAAAAGUUUCGGUGUCGUUAUUGCUUGUGGUUCCAUCGCUGGUUAUAACGAUUCUUCUAAAAACGCAGUCACUUCUUGGUCCGAAAUUAUCGUUAACAGAUUACGUGUUCAAGGUUUCAUUGUUAGUGAUUUCAAAGAUAAAUUCCCUCAAGCCAUUGGUGCCAUUGUCCAAGGGGUCAAAUCUGGCUCAAUCAAGGCUACUGAAGGUUAUAACGUUAAUGACCUUUCUGACGGCUUACAAUUAGAAAAAAUUCCUGAAAUUUGGUACCAAUUAUUUGCUUCUAAUAAACCAAACGGUAAAUUACUUACUAAACUCGCUGAUGAAUAAGCAUUUCUUGU